AUGAGGCACGACGAGCUCGAGACCGUGGCUGCCAGCCUCGGCGGCGAUUUCCGCUCCAUUGAGCCCCAUCUGCGCAACAUCGACAAGCAUCUGACGCUACGAACCUACCUCGAUGGCUACACCCUUGGACCCCUCGACACCAAGGCCUGGCAGAGUCUGCGCGGAAACAAGGCGGCUAUGGGCUUCAUCCGCAAGAACACGCUCGCAAACUUGUCUCGCUGGUUCAGCUACAUUGAGCAGGCGCACCCUGAGCUCGGACAGGAGGCCAAGGCCGCCGAUGCCGCCUCCAAGGCCAAGACGGCUGCUGCCAGCAAGGCUGGUGCCAACUACAACCUCGCUCUCCAGGAUGCCGACCAGGGCGUCGUCACACGUUUCCUCCCCGAGCCUUCUGGCUACCUCCACAUUGGACACGCCAAGGCUGCCCUCCUCUCCGACUACUUUGGCCAUGUCGCCUACAAGGGCCAGAUGCGCCUCCGCCUUGACGACACGAACCCCUCUAAGGAGAAGCAAGAGUUCCAGGACGCUAUUGUCGAAGAUCUCUCCCUCAUGGGCAUCAAGCCCGACACCAUGACCUACACCUCCGACUACUUCGACUACCUCUACGACAUGUGCAUCAAGCUGAUCAAGAUGGGCAAAGCCUACGCCGACGACACUGACCAGGAGACCAUGCGCGACGAGCGUAUGCACGGCCGCCCCUCGAAACGCCGCGAACUAUCUGUCGACGAGACUCUGCGCAUCUUUGAGGAGAUGAAGAAGGGUAGCGAGGAGGGUCUUGCCAACUGCAUCCGCGCCAAGCUCUCUGUGGACAACCCCAAUAAGGCUAUGCGCGACCCCGUCAUCUACCGCUGCAACGUUGCGCAGCCUCACCAUCGCACCGGCAGCAAAUGGAAUGUGUACCCCAUGUACGAUUUCGCCUGUCCCGUCGUCGACAGCCACGAGGGCGUCACCCACGCCCUCCGCUCCACCGAGUACACCGAUCGCAAUCCCCAGUACCAGUGGUUCAUUGAUACCCUGGGUCUCCGACAGGUACACAUGUGGGAUUUCUCCCGCCUCAACUUCAUCAAGACCUUCCUCUCCAAGCGCAAGCUCGCCAAGCUUGUCGACAGCGGCAAGGUCUGGGGCUGGGACGAUCCUCGCAUGCCCACCAUUCGCGGUGUCCGCCGUCGUGGUAUGACUGUUGCCGCCCUCCGUGACUUCAUCAUCAAGCAGGGCCCUAGCCGUAACAUUGUCUCCAUGGACUGGACCACCUUCUGGGCUGCCAACAAGAAGGAGAUUGACCCUAUCGCUCCCCGUCACACUGCUCUCCUCAAGAAGGACCUAGUCAAGGUCGACCUUUCUGGCUCCGAGACCCCGUCUGGCGUUGUUGUUGAGGAGCGUCCUAAGCACCCGAAGAAUGCCGAUGUCGGCAACAAGCAGGUCUACUUUUCCCCUCAAAUUUACCUUGACCAGGCCGAUGCCAAGACGUUCAAGACCGACGAGGAGAUUACUCUCAUGGGCUGGGGCAAUGCCUUUGUCCGCGACAUUGCCUCUGGUAACCCUAUCUCCAGCCUGAAGCUGGAGCUCAACCUCAAAGGCGACUUCAAGACAACUGAGAAGAAAGUUACUUGGCUGUCGGCUCAGGGAUUCGAUUUGGUCCCUGCUGAGAUGUGGGAAUUUGACUACCUCAUCACCAAGGAUAAGCUUGAGGAGGAGGAUAACCUCGAGGACUACCUUAACCCCAACACUGCUAGCAUGGAAGAAGCUGUCUGCGAUCCCGGUGUUGGCAAGCUCAAGAAGGACGACAUUAUUCAACUUGAACGCCGCGGUUUCUUCCGCGUCGACAAGGGUCUGAGCGACUGGGCUGAGGGCGAGGCUGGCGAGAAGGGACCCCGCGUUGUCCUGUUCGCUAUUCCUACUGGCAAGGGCGGAAAAUAA